AUGAGCCUCCUGAGGAGGAUGAAGGAGGAGGAGCUGGCUGAGUGUCUUCAUCGCAGAACCUUUCCUCUGAUUUAUCAGCAUAAACUGAAACAUAACCUGCAGCAGAAGUUUAAACAUCCAUUCACUUUCAGAGAGCUGAAUACACUGAAAGAGAAGAAGUUCAGCUUGGAGGAACAUGUUCAUCACUUCUUCCCUGAAACCAAAGAAGCAGAAAAUUUGAUCUUUAAAGACUUUCAGGAUGUGUUCAUCUUUGAUGGUCUGGAUGAGUGUCAACCUCCUCUGGACUUCAACAACACUCGGAUCCUGACUGAUGUUACAGAGUCCACCUCGGUGGAUGUGCUGCUGAUGAACCUCAUCAAGGGAAAACUGCGUCCCUCUGCUCGCAUCUGGAUAACCACACGACCUGCAGCAGCCAAUCAGAUCCUUGCUGAGUGGAUUGACAUGGUGACAGAGGUCAGAGGGUUCACUGGCCCACAGAAGGAGGUGUACUUCAAGAAGAGGCUCAGAGAUGAGGAGCAGGCCAAUACAAUCAUCUCCCACAUCAAGACAUAUCGAAGCCUCCACAUCAUGUGCUACAUCCCAGUCUUCUGCCAGAUCACUGCUGCAGUUCUGGAGGACGUGUUGAAGACCACAGAGGGAGAAAAGCUGCCCAAGUCCCUGACUGCCAUGUACAUCCUGUUCCUGGUGGUUCAGACCAAAGUCAAGAACAUCAAGUAUGAUGGAAGACCUGAGACAGAUCAACAAUGGAGUCCAGAGGCCAUAAAGAUAAUUGAAUCUCUGGGAAAACUGGCUUUUGAACAGCUGCAGAAAGGAAACAUGAUCUUUUAUGAAUCAGACCUGCUGGAGUGUGGCAUCGAUAUCAAAUCAGCUUCAGUGUACUCAGGAGUGUUCACACAGAUCUUUGAAGAGCAGACAGGAUUGCACCAGGUCAAGAUGUUCUGCUUCGUCCAUCUGAAUGUCCAGGAGUUUCUGGCUGCUCUUCAUGUCCAUCAGACCUUCAUCAACACUGGAGUCAAUCUGCUGUCAGGACAAACACCCUCUGUUUGGUUCAAAUUAUUAUGGGACACAUCUGUCCCAUUCUACCAGAAUGCUGUAGACCAGGCCUUACUGAGUCCAAAUGGACACCUGGACCUGUUCCUCCACUUCCUUCUGGGUCUUACGCUGCCGAAUCAGAGACUCAUACAAAGUCUGGUGAAACCAACAGGAAGCAGCUCAAAGACCAAUCAGAAAACUGUUGAGUAUAUCAAGAAGAAGAUCAGUGAGAAUCAGUCUGCAGAGAGAAGCAUCAAUCUGUUCCACUGUCUGAAUGAACUGAAUGAUCAUUCUCUGGUGCAUCACAUCCAACAGCACCUGAGAGAUGGAGAUCUCUCCACAGAUAAACUGUCUCCUGCUCAGUGGUCAGCUCUGGCCUUCAUCUUACUGUCAUCAGAAAAAGAUCUGGAUGUGUUUGACCUGAACAAAUACUCUGCUUCAGAGGAGGUCCUUUUGAGAAUGCUGCCAGUGGUCAAAGCCUCCAAUAAAGCUCUACUGAGUGGCUAUAACCUGUCAAAAGAAGCUCUGGCCUCAGUUGUCAGGUCCCAGUCAUCUAUUCUGACACAUCUGGAUCUGAGCAGCAAUGACCUGGAGGACUCAGGAGUGAAGAUACUGUCAGAUGGACUGAGGAGUCAAGAAUGCAGACUGGAGACUCUCAGACUGUCAGGUUGUUUGAUCACAGAGGAAGGCUGUUCGCCUGUGGUCUCAGCCUUGCAGUCCAAUCCCUCACAUCUCAGUGAGUUGGAUCUGAGCUACAACCAUCUAGAAGACUAAGGACAGGAGCGGUCUGCUGCUCUGGAGGAUCCUCACUGGAGACUGGACACUCUGAGGUUGGAGCAUUGUGGUGUCCAAUGGCUGACACCAGGUCUGAGGAAGUAUUUCCGUGAACU